UACACACAAUUAAAUACAUAAAAUGUAACUCAUUCAAAAUUAUGUCUAACUUAUGCGCACAGCGUGAAUCGGGACUGCCAAUUAGCAUCACGGAAAAGCUACAACAAUGUCUAUUACAUGCUUUUAUUAGAAGCGCCGAUUUUCUGCUGAACUGAUCAAACUAACGUCAGAAGAUUCAGCAUACCCGCGUUGUUUACCUUGUAUAUUUAAGAGUUAUAAGUGUAUAAUUUUAUAAUAGUAGACAAGACUGUGUAUGUAUGCGCGCGCGCGUGUGUGUGUGUGUGUGUGUUUGUCGUAAAGUUAUCCACCACUCGUCAUCCUCGGUAGUUUCAUGUCUUCUCUCGUACAAGCACGUAUUACUUAUGCAAUAUUCUCUGUUUUCAAGAAAGAAACGUCAAAGCCGAAUAUAGUGAUACAUUAUAUUUUACUAAAUCUAGUGUGAUAAUUAAAAAUUAAUCGCGUAAUCGUCUACAUUGUAAUUGUUGACAUUGUUAGAAUAAAAUCAGAUCAAAAUGGAAGAGAUAAUUUAAUUUUAUUAUAUGUGUGUAUUACGCACAUAUCUUUCAACUAAUUAAUACAAAAACUAUAUAAAUUAGGCACAAAAUUAAUAUAGAUUCUUUUUAUUAUUGAAAACUAAAAUUUGUAUGAGAAAUAAUGAAUGUACCAAUAGGUUUUGAUUGAUUUCACUAAUAAUUUCUCUAGUGUAUAUCUUUUUGUGAAAUAAUGUUUGUAAAAAGUUUCGCGUUUCUGUGUUGCGGGUUUUUUCUCCUCAUUAUUUCUUCAUCGAAAUCUCAGCAAAAUUAUACCAACAACGAAGACAAAGGUCGUAAUUUGACAGUGCGAUACGAGAUAUAUGCGGAUUCUACAACAAUUUAUAGUGACAAGAUAAAAUCACUCCGAUAUAAUCUGUAUGAAAGGUUUACCGACAAUAUGCAACAUAAUGAAAUGGAAUAUGAAUUUAGCACUAUUUCCACAAAUAUCAAUCGCAAGGAUGAAGAUUCGAUAAUACAUAAUCUAAGAAGACGUUCUGCUCACAAUCAUAAGAAUGAUGACAAAAUAUUGAUAUCCUCUCACAUCAAUUCGACAAAUGUUAAUCAUAAAAUAACUCUGCGUCACAAAAGGUUUAUGAAAACCUGCUUGAAAUGAAUGAUUCCAUGUCGAAUAAAGUCUUUGAAAAUUCCACUAAGAAUAGUUAUGAAAGUAACAUCGUCCCAUACGAAACUUGUCAUAAUAUAACUUGCAUUCAGUUCUGCUGUCCUCUUGGUAGUAUCAUGAGAUGGAAUGACUCUAAAUGUAUUCCAAUAGAAUAAAAUAUGUUUUUCCGAAUGUGUACGAAUACACAAACGAUUUAACGCAGAACGAAAGUAAGCAAGUAAACGAAUUCUUUUACUUAGCCAUCUACGAUCCGUGCUUAAAAACGCAACGUUACAUAGUACGCGAUCGUCCGUACAAUUAUAAAAUUUUAGUUAAUGGUUCUAUUUAUUUAUCUUCUUAUAAAAUAUUAUUUAAAUCGAAAUCAUACUGCCUCACCGUCUUCUUGGAAAGGGGAAUAGGUUUGAAGUGACUUCUGUUCGGAAACUCAUAAUGAAAUUUUCAGGAACAAAUUGAAGUACACACCUGAGUAUAGUUGGAUAACUCAUACAAUAAAAAUAUAUUCCAGCUUGACUUUAGUGUGUAUAUUAUUUUUGAUGGUAGUAUUUCUAGUGUAUUCCAUAUUGCCAGAACUCCGAAAUGAACACGGCUUUAUGUUGCGCAAUUACAGUGCAGUUACAUCCAUCGCAUUGAUGAUUGAAAUUGUGAGAGUUUUAAAUGUCAAAGAAGAUAUGUCAUAUCCCAUCUGUAUUACAAUUGCCUUUAUGGAAUAUUUUUGUAAUUUGUCUGGUUUAUUCUGGCUAAGUACAAUGAGCUUUAAUAUGUGGCGGACUUUCAGAGGAUUCUCUUCGUUACAAAGAAACGUCAGACAACCAGGGAAAAAAACGUUGGUAUAUUAUGCUAUUUUUGCGUACGGAUGUCCAUUUGUACUUGCUAUUGUUUGUGUCAUCGUUGUGGAUUAUGUUUCCGAGUAUUUACCAUAUAUUUUGAGACCAGAAUUCAAAAUAGGAUUUUGCUGGUACCCUGCGAAUCAUUUGGAAGCAUUUAUAUUAUAUAAUUACUGGAUCGCAACUGUCUGUAUUAUUAGUAGCAUUUGCUUAUCCAUCUCUGCGGCAAGGAACAUCAAACGUUACGAAAAGGAUACAAACUUCAGUCUAACAGAUUCGGAAAGCAAGCAGUAUAAUAACAAUAAGAAAUGAUAUAUGUAGGAGAAGACCGGAUAAAUGAGAGUCAGGAAAGAAUCCGGAUCAAAUAAGGAAUUAUUAUUAGAGUAUAAUGUAUUUAUUGCGAAAUCAAGGUGCCUCUUGUCGUCCAAAUACGAAAUGUUCCCUUGUCUCUUCGCCGUCGCUCCGACCUCGGCGGUCCUCUGUCCGAUCGUAUAAGAGAGAGUGUCUGAGAGUCCGUGAUGAAGCGUAAAAGUGCGUCCAAAAAGAGAGAGUUAUGUGUCCUUCUACCAAAAAUCGCUGAUACUUAUAUCGCUCCUAAUUUUCCCUAAUAAUCCCUUCCUAUCAUACUUGAGCCAAUCGCUAAGCGACAACUAACCCGUGCUCUGGUUUGUUUUUGAACGGUCGCAUCUGUUAUUUUCUACACGGAUCAAAUCUCUUAUUAUUCGCACACAGUAACAUAAAUAUAAAUAAAUAAUCGAACACGAGGACGAGACGACAAGGCGACAAUAAUAUGAUGGCGUGAUAUAUACUCUUGAAAAUAAUCGCACGCCUACACUCAUUUCCCCCUUUUUUUAAGAAUUGUAAUUUAUUUCAUCACUUUUCAAUUUAAUAAUUUGACAGAUAGAAUUUAUUUUUUUUUUGAAA